AAUCAUUUCGAAGAAGCCGGCGGGAGUGUAGUUUCUUUCUUUUGUUCAAGUUAAUGACAAGCGCAAAAGAAUUCAAGGAGGCAAGUAAUACAAGGACCAUUUGUGCCCUGUACCAAGCCCUUAGUGCACGAGACAAAGAGACCAUCGAGCGCCUGCUUGCGUCGGACAUUGAGUGGUGGUACCAUGGUCCACCAGCUCACCAGUAUAUGAUGCGAUUUCUCACCGGGACCGGUUCUAACAGUAGUAGAACCUCCUCAGCAUCUUCUCUAUCGUCCUCAGAUGACCAUGAAUAUAUAGAAGAUUCAUCCUCAUUCUUGUUUGUGCCAAGUGUUGGAAAAAAAUGGGUUUCACAAAGGAUGAAUGACACAGAGAAGAAAGUGUUGAGCGGCGUUGAAAAUAUUCCAACACCAAGCUCUAUCACUGCUUUUGAUUCGUUAGUCAUAGUGGAAGGGUGUGAUCUAAGUCGUCUAAUCUCGUGGGUUCAUGUUUGGACAGUUAGUGAUGAUAAUGGGAUCGUUACACAAGUAAGAGAGUACUUCAAUACAUCCCUUACGAUUGCGCGUUUUGUGCACAAUUGGAAUAGCAAUACUAAUCAGUCUUCAUCUUCCAGACAAUCACGCACUUCUCCAUUGAUUAACUCGGCGGUCUGGGAGAGCAAGCUCUCAAGCACAAUCGGAAUAUCCGUUCCAGGCCUUCUCCUUGCAAUUUAGCUGGACAGAA